AUGCCCUCCUGGAUUAUCCAACUCGGCGCGCUCAUGGCCCUGGCGCAGACCAUCUCAGGCGCCGAAAUCUACAUCAAGUCAACCCAGCCGCCUGCGAACUUGUACGUGACCCACUGCAGUGUCAUCAUCGAGGAUGAGCUUUUCGGCUGCAAGGGGAGUUCCGAGCCCUUCAAGAGAUCGUGUGGCCGCAACAAGGGUAUCGAGACCAAGUCUAUCUGCAAGUCUGCCACUGUCACAGUUGAUUGGACGACCGCCCAGCUUUCGUUCAAGAACAGUGACGGUAACACGGCCAACUGCACGUUGAAUUCGACAAGCUCGUUUGGUCAUUGCAAUACGGAUAACCCGGACGAGUACCCGAUCGAGACUGUGCAUAAGAGUGCUGCAUCUGGUGGACUCGCUGCUAGUGCUGCGCUGUUGGGGUUGGGGACAAUGGCUGCGGGAUUGUUGAUUUGA